CAGAUGCUGGUUGGAGUCAAAGAGGCUCCAGCUGUUUGCCUCGUUCUCACAGCGUUCCCUCACUGAGUCAGAGAAGCUGUGCAGAGAACCAGACCUUCAGACCAUCACAGAGCUUACCUGACAUGCUGUUAAAAAGCAGCUUUGAGGAGUUCACACCUGAUAUCACUGUUGAUGAGGACGAUGAAAGCUACCGGUUCCUGUGCUCCUGCCCGGGCCUGUACCAGUGCAGUGUGACGGGCCUGGUGUUCCACAUGGAGGGAGAAGGGGACGUGGUUUACAGGAUUGUCUCUUGGGACAGGAGGCUACUGGCCCAACAUCACAAGAAGCCUGCAGGACCCCUGUUUGACAUCAAAUGUCAGCAGAAGUCUGUGUGUCGGCUUCAUCUCCCACACUGUGAGAUCCCAUCCACAGCUGGAUGUCAGUUCUUGUCAGUCGCUCACCUGAAUGAUGAGGGCAUCGAGUUCAUCGCCCCUCAUAAGGUAACAGAAACUCAUGUGAUCAUCAACAUCUCAGGGUUUUCUGGUUAUGGUAACAUCAAGGAUGAAGAUUCACCUCCAGAACCGGUCCGAGCGCUGGUUCUGCUGUUCUACAGGCCUCCGAAUUAUCCUGAUGUUGAAUCUCUCCUCAAUGUGUUGAUGCUACCAGGUAACGUCGUGCUCAGUGAUGUGCGACGCACAAGAAAGAAACAUGUAGGAGAUGAGCUCUACAUAGAGACGUCCCCAGACUGUGAGCUGCUGCCAAAGCAGGAAUACACACUGUCCACUUGUCCUGAAGACGACUCAGUUCUAGUUCAACCAACAACAGCAAAAUUUCACAGUGACAACUAUGACAACUACUUUACAUCAUUCCAGGUGGAUUUGGAGAAAAUCCUGAAACAUAUUAAACUGUUUCUGAGAGACACCAACAGACACAGUGUCUGGGAGAGACGAGUUUGUCUUUCAUCAGCUGGACUAACAAAGUCCUGUAGACAGAGCGCUCUGAAUCUGCCUUCACACCAGAAGCUGUUUGACAUACGCAGCAGCUUCAUCGAGGGGAUAUCAGGACCUGUUCUCAAGAGUCUGCUGGACAAACUGUUUGAGAAAAAGGUUCUGAUUGAUUCUGAGAGGGAGUCAGCGGACGAGAUGCAAAACAGAGGAGACAAAGCUCGUUUAGUUAUCGACACAGUGAGGAGGAAAGGUGAAGCUGCCAGUUCAGAGAUGAUCGAGUUCCUCUGUGAGCUCGACCCGUUCCUCUGUGAACAUCUUGGACUGAUCUGAACGAACAGGUGAUGCAGGCAGAACCUGUUGACC